UCCUCCUCCAUAUAUCUCAACUCAUGAAAAACACAACCCUCGAAUGCCUCAUACGCUAUAAAGUUAUCUGAGUUCUUCUUUCAUAUAGAAAUUUUUUCCUAACGGGUUAUUAUAAAUACCAAGGUAAACAUUUCCUAAUUGGUGAAACCGUAAAACAAGUGUUGACCCUUCUUAGUUCUGGGGCCAAGUGAAUAGAUGGCCUCCAGAAGACAAGUACCAGCAUCAUAUGGACGGUCAAUACAAGCUCCAGGAAUGGUGCUUCAUGAAGAAUUGACCGCUGGCCGCCGCCGCAUUGAUCAACUUCCUCCUCCUGAGCUUCGGGACAACAGAUUGGCUGCUCGGGCAGCAGAGUUGGAACAACUUGCUGGAGACAAUCAUCGGUUGGCAGCUACGUACGUUGCCUUAAAGCAGGAUCUUGCUGCUGCUCAGCGAGAAGUAGAGAAACUCAAAGAACAUAUAAGAAGUAGUCAAGCAGAAAGUGACAUCCAGAUUCGGUUGUUGCUUGACAAGAUUGCCAAGAUGGAGGUUGAACUUAGAGCUAGUGAGAGUACGAGGAAGGAUGUGCAAGAGGCACAUUUGCAGGCACGAAGCUUGGUAACAGCCAAUAUGGAGCUGAGUGGAAAAAUACAUCAAGCUAUGCAAGAACUGGAAAGAGCUCGUGCAGAUAUCAAGAAGCUACCUGAGAUGCAUGCUGAACUUGAUACCUUAAGGAAAGAACACCAGAAGCUGCGUAAGACCUUUGAGUAUGAAAAAGGUUCAAACAUAGAGAAAGUUGAGCAGAUGAAACUUAUGGAGAAAGACUUGAUCGGCAUGGCUAAAGAAGUGGAGAGAUUGCGUGCUGAGGUGUUGAAUGCCGAGAAAAGGGCUCAAGGUUUUGAUCCUUAUGCUCGGCCCUACAUGAAUUCAGAUCCCAUGUAUCCCGCUCCUCUUAUGCAUGUUACGCCCCAUGUUGACGGUUAUCAUAUAUCUCAUAUCCCCGUGGAGGUUGGCACAAUGGGAGAGGGAAAGUAUCCAUAUGGAAGUAGCAUAGCUGUAAGUGCGGUAACUCCACCUCCUCCUGGUACUGGUGGCAACGCUACAUGGGGAGGAGGUUAUGAUGCUCCACAAGCGAGGAGCUGAAUUUUCUGCUAUGUGUAGCUUGUUAUGCUUGGCCGAGUUGAAUCUUCUGAGAUGUCACCUAGUUUUGCAUCCAUAGAAUUUUAAUCCGAAAUUACUACGUGUUUUAGUAGCUCCAAUGUAAGGUUUUGCAGGCUUGAACCAAUGUUUAAGUAGUUUCAAAAGAUUAUAGUUUCCAAUAGAAUUGUACAUUUCAUUCACUAUGUCAACUAUUUUCACCUGCACAUGCUUGGGGGCUUUAGGGGAGUUGUAGGGAAUGACAAUUCUUUGUUUUAUGGCUCAACAGCAAAGGGUUUUUCUUGAUUUA